AUGUCAGACUCCUUUCUUUACAAGUUCCCUUCUCCGCUCGAAGGGUAUGAGAAUCUUCCCCCUCUUCCUGAUGAGUUAGAUGAAGACGGCAAAUCAUUCAAAAAUCCCCAGACGGGAGUGCUGAGCCCAAGUUAUGAAAAAUUCACAUCAGGAGUGACCAAUGGGCGGCGAGGGGGGUUUGAUAUUCACAUUUAUUACCACUACAGCAACGAGGAUCAAAGGGAGUUUGCUCGAGCACUAUGGGAGAGAAUUCGAAGGGAGUUUCCCGAGCUGAGGAUAUACAGAUUUUGGGAUCGUCCUGUUGGGCCUCAUACUAUGGCAAUGUUUGAAGUCAACGUCUUCACGCCUGCACAGUUUGGGGCGUUUAUACCAUGGCUGGUAAUCAAUCGCGGGCCCUUGUCAGCUCUUGUCCAUCCCAACACAGACGAUGGCGAUGAACUGAGAGCACAUAGUCAGCGGGCAACAUGGCUAGGGGAGCGGGUCCCGCUUGAUCUCCAAAUGUUAAAGGCAUUCAUGGACAAGAAGCAAAAGCAACAAAACGGUACAGAGGGAUAA